AUGUCCCAUCCGUCCUCAACGUCAUCUCCCUCCGCCCCAUCUACUCUCAAGAUCCUCACACUCAACGUCUGGGGUCUUGCCUACAUUUCCAAAGCCCGCCAAUUCCGUAUCCGCUACAUCGCCGAGCGCCUCGCCGAGGGGGACUGGGACAUCGUCGCCCUCCAGGAGAUCUGGGUCGAGAGUGACGACUGGCGCUUCGUCAGCGCUAGAUGUGCCGAGAGACUUCCGUAUACAAAGUUCUUCUAUAGUGGAGCCUUUGGAUCCGGAUUGGCUAUCCUGUCGCGCUUCCCCAUCUUUGCGACUCAUACACAGCCUUACACCCUCAAUGGUCUUCCCCUGAAUGUUGGACAGGGGGACUGGUUUGUGGGAAAGGCAGCAGGUUCGAUCUCCAUUGAUCUUGGAGAUGGCAUAUUGGUAGAUGUAUUCAAUACGCAUACAGUGGCAGCGGGAGGGGAAGAUGGACCAGAAAUGUUGAGAGCUCAUAGGCUCAUGCAGGCUUGGGAGCUGUCAAAGCUGGUGCAGAAUAGCGCUGAGAAAGGCAGACAUGCCAUUGCAGUGGGCGACUUCAAUUCGACACCCCCAUCUCUGCCCAUUGCAAUCCUGCGGAAUCUUGGCAGUUUAUCGGAUGCCUUCCUCAGUACACAUCCCUCUCUGCCGCCCAAUGCCGUCACACUUCCAGGCCAGGCCGCUCUUGGCAGUACUACUUCUCCCGAUCCACACCUCGCCAUUGCCAAGCUCGGGGUGACAUGCGACUCACCGUUAAAUAGCUGGACCGAAGGGAAGCCACUCGAUGGUAGAGCUAGAGCAGCAGCAGGGAAAAGAUUGGAUUACAUCUUCUACAGAGGACCAUACUCUGCCGACUCAGAGGGUCAAGAUCCAGCAGCAAGAUACACCAAUCAUGGGCGUCUCAAGCCCGUGGACUGCAAAGUAUGCUUUACCGAGAGAGUACCUGGCUCAGACAUGAGCUGUACAGACCACUUUGGCGUUGAGGCUACCUUCGAGAUCCUUCCUCGUUCCAUCGGACAAGCCACAAAAGACACCGCUCUCAACACACUUGCCGACCGCGAUCUGACCUCUACACUCAACAGCGCCGUCUCGGCUUUGGGCGCUUAUAUGCAUCAUUGCAGUAAGACACAGCGCUCUCACCUUCUGGGCUUCUGUGGCUGUGUGACCGCUGCCCUUACUCUAGCUAUCGCUACGCCAUUCUUGGGCUAUCGCGGGUACAAUCUAUUCGCUGCUGGGGCAAUUGUUCUGGCCAUUGCUGCGGGUUGGGGUGGCACGACUCUGUUAUACUCUGGCGUCAUUUGGGGAGAAUGGGAGAAGCGUGCUCUGAGGACAGCCAUCGAGUCUAUGGAAUUGGACCUUUCGCACCUGUCCCAGAGGCAGUCGCUCAAUCGACCCAAUGGUCAGAGCCGAGAAGAUGGAUCUCCUACCAGGGUCAGGCGAACUUCUCGAGACCAGCGCUCGCAUGGUCCGGCAGCAGAGGCAGAGUCUCUAAUUUAA